CUUUCCUGUUCAGAUUCUUAGAGAAGAAUUGUCUUUUUAUUUAUUUAUUUAUUUUUUUUAAUUCAGAUCAUCUCUUCUAUCAAAUCUUUCUCUUCCUUUGUUCCCUCAUUUCAAUAGAAAAAUCGAAACAAAAAAUAGAAUCAAAUUUCGACGCACCAAAUUUUCUAGGGUUUAAUUUCACCUCUCUCUCUGUCUCUCUCUUCGCCGAUUAAUUUGUAUCGCCGUUCGGUUUCUCCUUCGACGACGGUCCGGGGUCACUGCAAUGCACCGAGUGGGCAGUGCGGGGAACAAUACCAAUUCUAACCGCCCACGUAAAGAAAAGAGGCUGACAUAUGUAUUGAAUGACACUGAUGACACGAAGCAUUGUGCUGGCAUAAAUUGUUUGGCUGUCCUAAAGUCAUCUGUCUCUGAUGGGUGCAACUAUCUUUUCACUGGAAGCCGUGAUGGCACGCUUAAGAGAUGGGCACUGGGUGAAGAUGCUGCCACUUGCUCUGCCACAUUUGAGUCUCAUGUUGAUUGGGUGAAUGAUACUGUAAUGGCUGGUGACAAUACACUUGUUUCCUGCUCGUCAGACACCACAUUGAAGACAUGGAAUUGCUUGUCUGAUGGAACUUGUACCAGGACUCUCCGUCAACACUCUGACUAUGUUACAUGUUUAGCUGCAGCUGAAAAAAAUACCAAUGUGGUUGCCUCUGGGGGUCUUGGCGGGGAGGUUUUCGUAUGGGAUAUUGACGCUGCGGUUACUCCACUCUCAAACUCCAGUGAUGUAAUAGAGGAUGAUUCUUCCAAUGGUAUCAAUGGUUCUGCAAAUUCAUUACCAAUAUCAAGUUUGCGAACAAUUAGCUCGAGUAGCAGCAUUACUGCACACACAACUCAGUGUCAUGGAUAUGUCCCCAUUGCUGCCAAAGGGCAUAAAGAGUCAGUCUAUGCAUUGGCAAUGAAUGAUAGUGGAACCCUUCUUGUCUCUGGUGGAACCGAGAAGGUUGUGCGAGUUUGGGACCCAAGAACUGGUUCAAAGACUAUGAAGCUAAGAGGGCAUACAGAUAACGUUAGGGCUCUGCUUCUGGAUUCUACUGGCAGAUAUUGUUUAUCAGGGUCCUCUGAUUCUAUGAUCAGGCUAUGGGACCUUGGUCAGCAACGUUGUGUGCAUUCAUAUGCUGUGCAUACAGAUUCUGUUUGGGCACUUGCGAGCACAUCAACAUUUAGUCAUGUUUAUAGUGGUGGUAGAGAUCUUUCUUUAUAUUUAACAGACUUAACUACAAGAGAGAGUCUUUUGCUUUGCACCAAGGAACACCCGAUUUUGCAAUUGGCAUUGCAUGAUGAGAGUAUAUGGGUUGCAACAACAGAUUCUUCAGUUCAUAGAUGGCCCGCUGAAGGACGAAAUCCUCUGAAGGUCUUCCAAAGAGGUGGUUCAUUCUUGGCUGGAAACUUGUUUUCGAGGGCAAGAGUUUCGUUAGAAGGGUCUACCCCUGCUCCUGUUAAUAAAGAACCAAUCUUUACCAUUCCUGGAACUCCUGCAAUAGUUCAGCAUGAAAUUUUAAAUAACAGAAGGCAUGUCUUGACUAAGGAUACUGCUGGUUCUGUAAAGCUCUGGGACAUAACCAGGGGUGUUGUGAUUGAGGACUAUGGACAGGUUUCAUUUGACAAGAAAAAGGAGCAGUUGUUUGAGAUGGUAAGCAUUCCUGCAUGGUUCACUGUGGAUACCCGUCUUGGAAGCUUGUCUGUUCAUUUGGAGACACCCCAAUGCUUUUCUGCAGAGAUGUAUUCUGCAGAUCUGAACAUAACUGGCAAGCCUGAGGAUGAUAAGGUUAAUCUAGCUCGUGAAACCCUUAAAGGUUUGUUGUCUCAUUGGAUGACGAAAAGAAGACCAAGACCUAGUUCCCGGGCUUCAGCUAAUGGAGAUGUUUUACCAGGAAAAGAUAUUACUGCUAGAAGUCUUGGUCAUUCAAGAAUUGAGGUAGAUGGAAAUGCUGAAAAUGACUCCAUGGUCUAUCCUCCUUUUGAGUUUUCUACAGUUUCCCCUCCCUCAAUUAUCACUGAGGGUUCUCAAGGCCUUUGGAGAAAGAAAAUUACUGAUUUGGAUGGAACUGAGGAUGAGAAGGAUUUCCCUUGGUGGGUUUUGGAUUGUGUAUUAAAUAAUCGGCUACCACCACGAGAAAAUACCAAGUGCAGCUUCUACCUUCAUCCAUGUGAAGGUUCGGCUGUUCAGAUCCUCACCCAAGGGAAGUUAAGUGCACCUCGAAUAUUGAGAAUACAUAAGGUUGUUAAUUAUGUCAUAGAAAAGAUGGUGCUUGACAAACCAAUUGAUGGAAAUAAUGAUGGGACAUUUGCUGCUGGACUUGGAGGACAAUUGCAGCAUUCAGCAGUUGGAGAUGGAUCUUUUCGGUCUGGAUUGAAGUCUUGGCAAAAGCUUCGGCCUUCUAUUGAGAUUUUAUGCAAUAAUCAGGUAUUAUCUCCAGACAUGAGCUUAGCUACUGUGCGGGCUUACAUAUGGAAGAAACCUGAGGACUUGUUACUUAAUUAUAGAGUGAUUCAAGGCAGGUGAUUUUAUUGACUUCUGGGAGCAGGUCGGUCUCAGUAUCUUGGGAUGGAAAUGUCAUGCUUUGUAAAGUGUUGGGAGUUAUAUUGUUCAUCUGAGGUUGCCUAUCAUGAUCAGAAGUAUCGGUUGGAUGCUUGUAUAUUUGGAAAGACAAUUGGUUUUGGAUCUGGGGGCAUUUUCCCGGAUUUUGUCAAGAGGAUCAUGGUUAAUGUUUUCAUAGUUGGGCAGAUGCUACCAUAGAUUUUUGGUCUUUAUCUAGUCAAGACGUGCAUGCUUUUGUCAUACAUCAGAAAAAAUUGUAGGGUGGAAAUGCUAGCGGAGAACAAUUUGCAACUCCAGGGGACAAUUAGCUGAAAGAAAAUUGGGUACUUCCUGGGUCAAAAAUUAGGCCUAUGAUGUCGAAAGCUCUGUAGAUUUGUAUCGUGGGCCACAAUACCUAGUCAUAGAAACUAUUGUCAUGAAGUUGAUUUUUUCUUUAUUUUUCAUUCCAUGAAAUACGACAAUUAAUUUGCAUCAAAUCAGUCAUAUUUCUAGAAAAUUUCUCUCUAUGCUUUCUUGUGCAUUUUAGUUGUUUUUUCGGCAAGAAAUGAAAUCUUAUAUAUUUACUAGGUUAGUUAGAAUAGGCUGCUAGAUUUUGAGUCGUAUUCCAUGCUUAUCUAUGAGUAUAUACUCUGGGGGGAGGAUUUGAUGUAGUUGAUUUAUUUCUUUGCAAAAGUUCUGCUAGGAUUUUAUUCCUUUAUUUUUUUAUUUAUAAUCCAAUUAAAAAGAAAAAAAAACAUAAAUGUCAUACACUAUUUUGUUUAAGGAGUUGUUUGCUGCUGUUCAAGUGAGAGUGUUCUUAUUUUGUUGUAAAGCGAAGAGUUGGUUCAUCCCUUUCCCAGCUAUGGAGGGGGGAUCGGAUAGAUGGUGAGAAAUGGUAAAAUGAUGCUGUCGAUACGGUGGGAAUCCCACCAAAUGCAGCCUGUUUUGUACUUAGCUGUUUUUUUAAUGCUUCUGCAUAUUGGGAUUACUGUUUUGAUUGGUGCAGUUAGGUGAUGAAAUUUUGAUUUUUUGGUCAUUAUAUAUGGAACCCCACAUGCUCGGUUCGUCGGCAUUGAAAUUUCUUUUGUUUUUCUCAUUUAACAAGUGUGGAUUGGAAAUUGGAGUUACUUGCACCUAACUCUCUUAUGGCUUUUUGAAAAUGAAAUUCAGUCCUUGAGUACCCCUUUAUAGCACAACACAGGCAAGCGGUCUCCAUCGGGGCUCUGUUUAAGCCAUGCAAGUCUCACAUGCCUGUCAUUUUCAAUUAUUUAAACAAUGAACGCAUUAUCAAACACAAGUUCACAUUGGCCAUCUUUUUGUUCUUCGAGGGCCGUUUGGUAUUAUAGGCUGAUGCACUGGAUUUCAACCUUCCAUCAUUGAUGAUCUUGGUUAGACAUAUGUUCCCCUGAUUGUUCAGCCAUCCCACCCAAGAGUAGU